AUGUGUACCCCCGGGGUCACCAACUUAUCCUUAUUAUUGGUUCCUUUAAUAUCCCAGCCAAAUAAUUCUUUACAAAACAGUAAGUAUCGUCACAGACUCCGUACAGGAACAGACCUCACCCCUAGACUGAGCACCGUGGAGUAGUCAUGGCACACUUGCAGUUUUGUUAAAUGACCAGGUUUAGAUAUCACUGUGCGCAUUACCAGCUCGAGAGAUGACUUUGCCCAACUCCAGUGUUAUUGCAUAAACCCCUUUGUUCCAUAAAGGUGGGAGCAAGAAUCCUACUUGCUGGGCUGUGUCCUGUUAUUUCCUGUCCAUCUAGCUACGUUGCUGGAGUUGCUGCUGUUAUUCAGUAUAUUGUUCCUCACUGGCCUAACAAAAUGUUCUCAUGGAAAAAACAUUGUAUAUUUAACUUUCAAUGCACUGCUCCCUUUGUAAUGUUUGUUUCUGCUCUGUGCUAUUACCUUUAUAAUACUCAAUUCAGCUCCCCUCACACCAUCCUUACCUUAUUAUACCCCUUCAGUUCCGCCAACACCUUCUUUACCUUAUAAUACCCCUUCAGUUCCACCAACACCUUCUUUACCUUAUAACAGCCAUUCAGUUCCACCAACACCUUCUUUAUCUUAUAAUAGCCCUACAGUUCAACCAACUCCUUCUUUGCCUUAUAACAGCCCUUCAGUUCAACCAACUCCUUAUUUACCUUAUAAUCGCUCUUCAGUUCAACCAACUCCUUCUUUGCCUUAUAAUACCCCUUCAGUUCAACCAACACCUUCUUUGCCUUAUAACAGCCCUUCAGUUCAACCAACUCCUUCUUUGCCUUAUAAUAGCCCUUCAGUUCAACCAACACCGUCUUUACCUUAUAAGAGGCCUUCAGUUCAACCAACUCCUUCUUUACCUUAUAACAGCCCUUCAGUUCAACCAACACCUUCUUUACCUUAUAAUACCCCUUCAGUUCAACCAACACCUUCUUUAUCUUAUAAUAGCCCUUCAGUUCAACCAACUCCUUAUUUACCUUAUAAUAGCCCUUCAGUUCAACCAACUCCUUCUUUGCCUUAUAAUACCCCUUCAGUUCAACCAACACCUUCUUUGCCUUAUAACAGCCCUUCAGUUCAACCAACUCCUUCUUUACCCUAUAAUACCCCUUCAGCUCCACCAACACCUUCUUUACCCUAUAAUACCCCUUCAGUUCAACCAACACCUUCUUUAUCUUAUAAUAGCCCUUCAGUUCAACCAACACCUUCUUUACCCUAUAAUACACCUUCAGCUCCACCAACACCUUAUUUACCCUAUAAUACCCCUUCUUGGUCCGCAGCUUACUUUAUCCAGUCUGCCCCCAUGUUUAAACUUCUAAAGAGCAAAUGA